GCAGGGGGCAUUGGCGGAAGAGCGGAGCCUAACACGCCUUUGUUGCAGGGGGGAGGAGACAAGUGGGGCACAGCCCUAGAGCCAAGAGAGAGCACAAGAACGAUCGGUGGAAGUGACGUAAGGCAAGAGGGGACAAUUGAGACCAGCUGCCAGGCGGCUCCGCCUCUUCCUUUCGACAUGUGCGUGGAGUAGAGGGGCUCUGCAAGUGCUUACAGGCGUCCUGCGCCCGCCGCCGUGAUGGAAGUGGAAGAUGGGGCCGGUGGGGAGGGCUUCACCAGUGUCCGCAAACGGAAGAGGCGAGCGGCCGAGGUCCCCAUGGACACGAGCGGGGGUCCUACGCCCAGGAAGAGGCCCGAUUUCCCACCGCUUCGCGGCGAAGCUCUCGAGGGUGGAAAAGCUGAAAUGAGGAAAAUUCCAGUACCAGCAAACAGAUACACACCAUUGAAAGAGAACUGGAUGAAAAUUUUUACACCAAUUGUAGAACACUUGCAGCUUCAGAUUAGAUUUAAUUUAAAAACAAGGAAUGUAGAGAUAAAGACUUGUAAAGAAACUAAAGACAUAAGUGCAUUGACAAAAGCAGCUGAUUUUGUGAAAGCUUUUAUACUUGGAUUCCAAGUAGAGGAUGCACUUGCUCUCAUCAGAUUAGAUGACCUUUUUCUAGAAUCAUUUGAAGUAACAGAUGUCAAGCCUUUAAAAGGAGAUCAUCUUUCUAGAGCAAUAGGAAGAAUUGCAGGGAAAGGUGGAAAAACAAAAUUCACUAUUGAAAAUGUAACAAGAACACGAAUAGUUCUUGCAGACUCGAAAAUUCAUAUUUUAGGAUCUUUCCAGAAUAUUAAAAUGGCGCGAACAGCAAUUUGCAAUCUCAUUUUAGGAAGUCCUCCAUCAAAGGUUUAUGGCAAUAUUAGAGCAGUGGCUAGUAGAGCAGCGGAAAGGUUUUAAAACCAAGGACUCUCAGUUUGGUGCUAUAGGAAUUUUUACACAAGAAACAACAUGUAUGCAGAAGCAGAAUCACAGGAACAGACUGACAGCUCCAACAUGACUCCAAAGGACAGCUACUACAGUUGUGUUCAAAGCCAGCCAUACUGUCAGAUUCUUGAAUGUAUUUGGGUUAACUGGUAUGUGUAAUAAAAGGUAGCACAUGUUGGCUUUCACUCUA